AUGCCACCAAUGGAAGUGGACGACCGAAUUCCCACUACGGGCUCCUAUCAUCAAAACCGAGAUCUCUUCAAGAUCCAACAUCUCUUAAAAUCGCACGACAUCCCCAAUCUAUCCGAGGACGAGCGAGUCGUAUUGCUAGACCUGAAAAUCUACGACAGCGCCAACGACAAGAUCGUUUGCGCUGCACGACAUGUCACCCAGAAUCGUCGCUGCUACAAUAGUCCUCCUGCCACCUCGGUCGCUGUGGGGAUGUUGCUGGCUUGCAGAUUAGCUCGGAACUUCACGCUGAGUGAGAAUGAGAUCACGACUGAUCUCGACGAUCUGUUGCGGUUGUUUGUGUGUUCGGCAAAACACAAGGAUGAUGGCCGUGCUCUCAAGCAAAUUUUCAACGAUUGGUAUCCUGUUAUGGUACAGCAUCAAGAAUAUGCAAGGGAGAAAGUCACAAACCCGUAUUACCGGGAGAUCCAGCAAAGUCAUCAGAAAAUUGAGCAAUUGCAUGCUGAGGGAAAUGGUUUGAUGGCGGCUUUCAACGAGAGGGUCGCGCAGGAUGUUGAGCGGAUCGUGAAGCUGAAGUUGGAGGAAUCUGGGAGGAAUCUCAAGCAGGAGUUCGAGCCAAGGGUCAAGCAGGAGCGAUUCUAG